GGAAGUGUACACAAAGGUCUUGGUACAUAAUCAUGGGUGUGAAGGGAUUGUGGGAGCUGCUAUCUGAUGCGAAGACGGAUGUCAACCUGGCAGAGCUACGAGGACUGACACUUGCUGUGGACCUGAGUGGGUGGAUAUGUCAGCUAAAGUCUGUCCCUGGACUGCCAAAUGUACAACCCCUCCGGUCGUUAUUUUAUCGCACAACUCAUCUGAUGAACCUGGGAGUGAAACUGGUGUUUGUCAUGGAUGGAGUGCCUCCAGAACUGAAGAGAGAUGCCAUGGAACAACGACAAGCAAGUCGAGGAUCAUUAUCCAAGGAAAGACAGUCCUUCAGCAUCAGCCAAUCAGUAAUGAAGGCCCGUCAGUUACUGGAGAGUCUGGGGUUGCCCUGUUUAGAUGCCCCAGGGGAGGCUGAAGCUCUGUGUGCCCAUCUUUCACAGCUGCAGCUUGUGGAUGGAUGCCUCACUCAAGAUGGAGAUGCUCUGCUUUACGGGGCCAAGAAAGUGUACAAAAACUUCAGUCUGGAUAAACAGGCUCGUUGUGUGGAGUGCUACUGUGCAGAACAUAUAGAAGAGAGCCUAGGCCUGACACGCCGUGACCUAAUAAGCCUGGCCUUACUGACCGGCUGUGAUUACAAUAUGACAGGUGUGCGACAGGUAGGCAAGGAGAAAGCUACAAAUCUCAUCAAACACCUCAAGUCUAAGAAGUACGAUGUCCUUGACAGGAUAUGUAAAUGGAGAGAUUGUCCGGAUUUAGAUGUGUUAGAAAAAGAACGACAGCAAAAAUGUACAGAGCACCACUGUAGCCAGUGUCAGCAUCUAGGAACCAUUGCCAUACAUAAGGUUGAGGGGUGUGGCCUAUGUAUGACUGAUGAAGGCUGCACCUGUGCCCCUAAGGUGAAAGGCAAUGGUCACCAUGGUAACAAACACAACCUCUGUCCCUGUGAUUGGCAUGUGACCAACAGGCGUGUCAGAGAUAACCUGCUGGAGUUGAAUGUUAGAGAAAAGGCCUUACAACAGGAAGAUUUUCCAUUCAUGAACGUUGUGAAUGAAUUCUUACAAACUCCUCAAGCUUCAACUGUUCAGCUGUUAAAAUGGAGAAAGCCUAACCUGCAGGUUUUUGUGAAAAACUGUUCGGGAAUCCUUGGAUGGAAGGAGGCAGAGGUUGUGGAUAAACUGCUGUCCACCCUGGUGUGGAGUGACCUAAAAGCCAAAGAAGUGGAUGGAUACUUCAGUGAUUCACAGGAAACAGAUGAUUUUUUACAACCACUUCAAAUUUUGAAGUCUUGUCGUAAGAACUUUACUCCUUGUUAUGAGGUGACCUGGAAAAGGCUCAAAAGUGACAUCUGGUCAGAGAAGCAGAGAAAAACGUACUCCUCCAUUGUGGAACAGAAAAUGUUUGCCACAGUAUUUAAACAGAUGGUACAAGAGUAUGAAGAAGGCCUAGAAAAACAGAAAGCUGCCAAACUUCAGGAGAGAAAGACAAAAGCAGGUGAGUUAAGGGUAAAACGUGUGGGGCAGACUUACUGUUUGGGUGUAAAAUGGCUGCUGUAUUACAAACAACUCAACCUGACACAAAAUGUUGUCUCUGCAGGAACAGAAGCAAGAUUCUGUGUGGUUGUGAAUGAAUUCUUACAAACUCCUCAAGCUUCAACUGUUCAGCUGUUAAAAUGGAGAAAGCCUAACCUGCAGGUUUUUGUGAAAAACUGUUCGGGAAUCCUUGGAUGGAAAGAGGCAGAGGUUGUGGAUAAACUGCUGUCCACCCUGGUGUGGAGUGACCUAAAAGCCAAAGAAGUGGAUGGAUACUUCAGUGAUUCACAGGAAACAGAUGAUUUUUUACAACCACUUCAGUAG